CUUUUCUAAAAUGGAUGAUACCUCCGAGAUAAAAUAAUAUAAUCGCUACUUGAAUGGACUAGAGGUUAGUUUUUGAUACACUUGAAUUUCCAUUCUGCAGAUCGUUCGCCUUCAUAUUCUGCAACACUGCUGCUCUGCUGUGUUUUGAUUUCUGAUUUGAAUAUUUUUGUGGACAAAAGUGCAAUAUUUGACUGGAAAAACGUACGUAUGCGUUCGCGAAUUUUACCAUAAAUCUGCGAAAAUAAUCGAGUUCCAGCAGUUUCAUGUGACUAACAGCUUCUACGGAAACCAUGGAAUGAUCGUGCAAUGUAAGUACUCGGUGAAAUUUCAUUCUACGAGAUACUAUUCGAUGUGAUACCUCGUACGACGGCUAGAACAUCAUGUUUGGUAAAAAAGUACACGGAGAUAUCAAGAAGUCAGCUCAGAAAAUCAAUGAUUUGAAGAAAGAUUCGGCCACUCGAUACAAGCAUUUGAAAAAUGUUCUGGAACAUAUCGACGGAUACGAGGCGAAAGCUUUCUUCGAGCUGAAUUACAGCAGUAUUUAUCAUAUCUUUUAUGAUAAUUUCGUUACCGUUGAAAGUAACCUGAAACAGAAAGAGUUACCUUUUCAUAUUGUACAUAAAGCUCAUAAAGAAGAACUAGAUAAUGUGCUGUAUGUGUUGGAGAAAAUCCUGAUCCUAUGUCCGGAAUUGAUAGCGAAUCGAUGGCAGUGCCAUAGCUUGACCCGAAUCCUAACUAAACUUCUUCAUCCUGGCAAUUCGUGGAAAUUACGUCGCGAAGCUAUCAAAUAUUUCAUCUUAUGGUAUCAAGUUCUGGGUGAAAAUGCGCCCGAAUGUGCUCACGCUUUGUACACCACUUUGGUACCGGGUUUCAGUAGCCCUAUCCAAGGAUACGGCGGAUUGGAGCAUUUGGGUCGAUCAGCCGGAAGCGUAUUUCAAGAAAGUAAGUUCGAUUUUAAUAAACGAUCCAAGUACGAAAAUAGUAGGUAUAAUCGAGCUUUUUUUUUUGCAGAUCCGGUAUCGCCAGCAGAAAUCCUACCGGUUUACCCACCCCCAAGUGGCGAAAAACCGCCGGAAGAUGCGAUGAAAUUUUUUCUCGAGUCUUUACUCGAUUGUAUGGUUACUCAGGUACCUCGAAUAAAAUGGAACGAUUUAUGGAAUGACCGAAGAAAUAAAUGUUUUACGUUUCUAUUUGAAAAAUUCAAGAAGUACUAUCUUCCUGUUAUCUUUCGCGAUUAUUCGGAUAAAACCAAUAUCUACGAUCCGGUGUUAGAACUUCCUGGGCUGCGAUAUUCCGUGAAAACUGAUAAGUACCUUAAUUGUCGAGUAUCUGUGAUUCGAUGGGUGGCCAGCUUUGCCCAUGAUGUUAAACAUAAAAUCACCGCCACACCAACCUCCGGUCCUCCUCCGCCUGUGACGAAACAUCCACCGAUGCUGCAUCAAGAUAGCGGCGAACAAUCACCGAUUCCGUAUUUGAAAAAUGCCAAUACCGGUGUCGAAGAUGCCAAUAAUCAAAAUACAGAAGACACAUCUUACAUCUGGUAUCAAAUCGUUCGAGACGUCUUGUUCGGAAGCAGAGAAAAUGUGAAUUUCGUUCAUGAAAUUUUCAGACAAGCAUUUCUACUUCCCUUCAGUUGCUCUCCAGCCAUUAGAAGAACCAUUGCUGUGCACAAGGAUUGGAUCCAGAUGAACGUAAUUGAACUACCAGUCUUCAUGUUGGAGCCUGUUGAAAGGCCAGAACAUAAUAGUUUAGAGCUUUGUGUACCGGUGGAAAAUGAAGAUAAACCUCUCAGGCUGCGUAAUGAUUCUUACGUAGGAGCUAUUACCAAAGAAAAUUAUUUCGUUCGAGCUGGUCUGCAAAAUACGCUGCAAUUAUUUAUAACCCACGCUGCGAAUGUUUUUUUGCUUGAAACUACCAACGAAAUUCCAGUCUUGUUAGAAGAGCAAGUGGAUAUCUGUAAACGUGUUUUAAAUAUGUAUCGAUAUAUGGUGAUGCAUACCCAUAUGGAGCUGAAGACCUGGGAACAAUUACUGCUGAUUUUGCUGCAAAUUACUUCCACCAUGUUGGGACGUAAUCCACCUAAGAAAAAAGAUGAAAAAUUGGGUGGUCGAUUAGCUCCUGCUAUUUUUCAAACUUUGAUAGUGACCUGGAUUAAGGCUAAUUUAAACGUUGUCAUAUCGUUCGAACUGUGGAAUCAGUUUUGCGAAGUUUUAAGUUCGUUGACUCAGUGGGAAGAAUUGAUACGCGAAUGGGCUAAAACAAUGGAAACGUUAACCAGAGUAUUGGCGAGACACGUGUAUAACUUGGAUUUGCAAGAUUUGCCACUAGAUCGAUUAACUGAACAGAAAGCCAAACGGAGGAAAGGAUUUAUCGGUGGAGGUAGUAAGAAAACAUCUUCUAAUGAAAAUUCAAUGAAACCCGAAGAAUCGAACACUUGUCAAACUAUCAACGAAACCGAACCGAUCGACGUGAGCGAUGAACGAAUCGUCGAGCUGGAUAAUAAACCGUUACCCAUUUCGUCGAUGAAACGAAGUAAAAGCGAUUCCAAUGUUUCGUACGAGCAGAAACCUUGCAGGAAACGAGAAUACAGCGAAAGUGGAAACUGUGAUACGAAUUUCGAAACGAUUUCAUUAACCAACGACACCAAAGAAGAAUUACCUAAACCGAUUGAAAGGCGUAAAUGGAGAUCUCUAGAUUCGCUGAGGGGUCGUAAACGCGAUUGCGCAUCGGAGCAGCAUUCCAGGUCAGCUUCACCUGCACCGUCCAGUGGUAUCGAGAAUAAUUCUAUUAAAGAUGCUCCUAUACAGAUCGAUGUCGUGGCCCAUGAUCAAUCGCAGCUCGAUCACGAUCAAGAUGAAAAAUCGGUCAUAGCUGGAGGUAAUAUCAGAGGCUGGCUUCCUGAUGUUGCUAUUGUGCUGUGGAAACGAAUGCUGGGAGCUUUGGGCAACGUAAACGAAAUCAGUGAUCCGACGUUGCACGCUCAGGUUUUCCAUCAUUUGAUCGAGUUUUCUCAUACGUUAAUCAAGAUGAAAAAUAAUCAAGGUGUACCGGAAGAUAAUCAAAAAACACCCCUCGCUCCCGAAUAUAUUCCACCUUUGACGAUUUUUGCGCCUUGGUGCUUUCAAGCGUUUCAGUUGACAACGGAAUACCAAAGAGGCAAACUGUGCGCGUACAAAUUAUUGUGCCAAAUCACCAUGGCUGCUCCGAAUUCGUGUCUUUCUAAGUUACAUAUUUCAAAAUUCUACACGGUGCUACAUAAUGGUCUUAAUUCUUCGGAUAAAAAUAUUGUCUAUACGAUUAUGAAACAUACAGGACCGAAAUUUUUUUCAAGACAGUUACCAGGCUACUCUUUAUUAGUGCCAGAUUUUAUUAAAGCUGCCGAAUUGGUGCUGACUAGUGAUGAUUUGGGAUUGACUCCAAGACCGGAAGCUGCGUCAGUUUUAGCUACGUUGUUAAGUUUAUCGAAAAUAGUCGCCGAGUUUCCAAGUUUCAAAAACACGGCUAACAUCGCUGAAGAUUUAAAAGUUCGAGCUUUGAAAAUUCUUAUUCACGCUGCCAAAAAAGAGCAAUCCGGAUUGGCCAGAUGUAUCGCGUUGUCCGCCUUAGGAGUGUAUUUGAUCGAAGAAUUCGAAACUAAAUCGAAACAUUCUUAUAUUAAAGAAGCUUUCAAUACGCUUUUAUUAGCCAUUAAGUUCAAUCAUGAAGUUGUAGCUCAGGUUGCUUGUGAUGUUUUGUGCCUUAUCUGUGAUUACGUGGAUACUAUUUUAGAACAGUUCCCCGAACUGGCUUGUAAGACAAUCGAGGUUUUAGCGAACGCUCUGUGUUCGAUGAUGCCGAUAGAAGAUGGUAAAAAACGUCUGCUAACGUCGUUGGUAUUCUGUAUGGCCGAAUGGACUAUGCGAUUGCCGUUGAACGUGCUUCUUCAACCGUAUUCCGAACAAAAUGAUCUCGAUUGUUUGUUAUUCGCUGUGUUCAAAGUAUUAGAAGAGCUGUCAAAUGGCGGUCGUCAAAAGUGUUCCGGUAUCGGUGGCCAUUUCAGUACCGAAACGGUUAAAGAAUUCGAUGCUAAUAUUACGUUAGAUAAUUUAAAACACGACGAAUACGAACAGCGGUCGUUCUCUAACAUUAUGGCUGCUCCUUCGCAUCUCAACAGCACCAGACAUUCUUUGCAGUUGGCUGCCAAAAUGGUAUCCGCUCAUUUAAUCAGUAAUCUAGGCCAAUUUCCAAUCAUUCCCGGAGCAGCUCGAUUAUCGUCGCUGGUCACCGAACAAGAUGAUAAUAUGAAUUUAACCAACGAUCAGCUCAGCAUGGAGAUUUUCUCGUUAUCUAAUCUACAAAUGUUUGUCGCCACGAAUAACAUGAUCUUAUCUUUACUGGAAUUACCAGCUUUGGAGGUUCCAGGAGGUGGAGUAACGGCUGACCUGAUCACAGCCUCGUCGCAAGUUCGAAUUUUGCUGCGUUCUCUGAAUGGUAAAUUUUGCUGGGAUGCUUCGGUUUUAUUUUGUACCCCGGAACAAUUGGCUGCUGUCGAAGAAGAAGACGAACGUUGGUUAUUGAAGAGUUGUCCUAAAAAGAAACAGCUAGAAGAUGCCAGAUUUACAUCGUAUAUUCCGACCAGCCCACCUCAGCAUAUGAUUAGACAUAGACCACCUCACGUUUUACCUACAGUUGAAAAUUCAGCCGGUGAUUUAGAUAAUUUAGACGAUUUGCUGCAAUAUAUCGGAUAUACCAGUCCGGAAUGUUUAGAGGAUCCGGAAAUACCUCGCAAUGUGCCGUCCGUAUGUUCACCAUUAAGUCCUGAACUAGAACAGGAAACAAUAAGCGCUAUUUUGAGCGAAAAAUGCCUAGAAAGCGAUUAUCUAUUAAAAGCUACCAACUUAUCACCCCCUUUAGAAUGCCGUCCAAAACACAAAGACAUUCCAUCAUCGUUCCAGUACUCGAGGCUGCUACUGUCGCAACUCGGAUUCUUGGGAUGGGAUAUGAGAUCUCGUUUGUACCUGCUGCAAAGAACUGAGAAAGUUCUGCGUGAAUUGAGGAAUCUCGAUUCUCAAUUCUGCAGGGAAACUCAUAAAAUAGCUGUGAUAUACGUAGCCAAUGGGCAAGAAGAUAAGGUAUCGAUAUUAUCGAAUACCGGAGGUAGUCAAAAAUACGAAGACUUUAUCGCCGCGUUAGCCUGGGAGGUCGAACUGGAAUCUCAUACGGGGUUCAUGGGAGGCUUACAGCGUAAUCGAACGACUGGUGUAACUGCUCCUUAUUACGCUACCUCGUUUUCCGAGCUUAUUCUUCACGUUUCAACUAGAAUGUCUUCCUCUACGCCCGAAGCUUUGAUUAAUAAAACCAGACACUUGGGUAACGACGAAGUUCACAUCGUGUGGUCAGAACAUAGUCGCGAUUACCGAAGAGGCAUACUACCAACUGAAUUUUGCGAUAUUCUAAUCGUUAUCUAUCCGUUACCACAUGAUUUGUAUAGAAUACAGAUAUCGAAGAAACCAGAGGUCCCGUAUUUUGGAUUGUGCCUUAAUGAAGUGAUCGUCGGAUCCAGAAUAUUGCCUAGUUUGAUUCGAUCAAUCGCUGUGAGCGCUUCCAGAGCUAAAAGAAGCAUGUUACCUUUCCAUCAGCAGCACUACGAAGAACGAUUCCGUUCGUUGGAGACGAUUGUACGAAAUCACAAGAUGAGCUCCACGUACGAAGACUUCGCAGCCAACAUUUACGCUCCUGGUUCGGCCAAUAUCUGUUAUCCGACAAAUCCGCAAUCAAAAACUACUGCUCCUGGUGACUCAUCGUCGAGUAACGGAAACGUAUGGCUAGCCGGAGAUCACGCCGUCGUCGACGUAGACUCGAGCGUCGUCGGUAUUUCGCCGCGUCCUUUUAAAAAAUUAACCUCGAAAAGUAGCGCAAGGCGAUCUAUGAUUGUUACCCCUACACUAACACCACCCGAUAGUCCGACGUUGAGAAAAUCAAAAUAGUUUUUAGUACGUUUGUAGUUUGGUUUCAUCUAACAUCGACUCUUAUAAGAGACCUAUUCAUAUGUACUAUUACACCUGUAAACUGCCUAUGAAACAAUCUUAAAGAGUACCUAUUAAUAUUAUUCUAAAUGUGGGUGUACCUCGCGAUGUUUCGUAUGUGCUAUUUUAUCGAGUAAUAUGUAAUACCGACACUGUUAACUAAAGCACCUUAUUUGUAGCUUUUUUUUGAAACUUUUUUUUUAAAUGCAUUUUUAACCCACGAUCUCCCUCUUGAUAAUUUUGUAUCGUGUAGCUUUUGUAACCGUUUCGUAGGUAGUGAAACCUCUCUAGCGUGUUGUGACAUUCUAUCAGUGGUGUUUUGUUGCACUUUGCACCGAACAACAUUUAGUAUUAUACCUGUAUAGGUCAAUUUUACAGGGUUCCCAAUAAUAUCGAGCGUGAGUUUUUAAGAAUUUUGCGACGAAAUGUGGGUUGGUUGCACUAAAAAAACGUAAAAAAAUUGGAGUUUUUGAUUUGGAAAAAAAAGAACAAAAUUAAACAAAUAAUUUCUUUUUAUUUUGUAAAAAAAAAAAAAAAAAAAAAAUGUAAGAACAACAUGAUGAAAUAUUGAGUUUUUUUUUUAGAAAAGUGCAAAUACCCAAAAAUUCCACUUUUUAAUUUAAUUUUAAAUUUUUUUGUGGGCCAAUGUAAUGUGUACAGGUAUACGCUGUGUUGUCAAACACUCCUCGAGAGGUUUCUAAAUUUUUUGUAGUUAGUCCUUCACAUUUCAAAUUACCUAAAUUAGGUACCUAGACCUACCUACAAUAAACUUUUCAACCUAUGUAUACUUUAUAUAUACAUUUUUCACAGGCAAAAAGAAAUUAAUUAAUCAAAAUUCGUGCCUGUAAUGUAAAGUGAACCUUUUGAAAUUCCUCGGAUAUUGUGAUGGGAUGUAGCUGUUUUAUUUUUGUUUGUUUUGUUAUUUGUUGACCUUUUUUUUUUCUUUUUUUAAUAAUAAUUUUAUAAUAAUUAUUGAUAUUAUUUUACGUAACGUUUUAACGCAUUCCUACAUUCGUAAGUACUUAACAAUUUGUGUUGUUUUCUUUCAAGUAUUAUGUACUUAAAAAUACCAAAGUAUUAAUUUGAAAUAAUUUCAUUUCCUCUUUUGUAAAGAUUUUUUUUUCUUUCCAUUUCCACCUACGUAUAUAUUAUUAUAUUCCUGUUUUUUAUCUGUGAUAUUAAUAGAUUGAUUUUAAUUUUACGCAAUUUUUUAUGUGUCUUAUUUGUUGAGAACGAUUUGUGCGCAAUACGCUGGCACAAGUAUGAUGAGAAAAAUUUUAAUAAGUGUAAUAUUAUUAAUCGCUGAAAGGAACAUUGUUUACCGAAACGCCAUCAUUUGACUGUGAGGCUGAGAUUAUCAGCUCACUUUUGAUCGUCGAAUCAAAAAUUUCAAUGUGGUGGAUUUUUAACACCAUUUUUUUUUCAUUAUUUAAGUAAUUUUUUUCGUGCUUUACAUAUUUAAUUUUUUUUUUAAAUUAUUUAAAACGUAAUAAUUGUGUACUACAUUGUAUAUUUUCAAAUGUGAAUCUGGUUGUGGUAAUAAACAAAUGUUAAUUUUAUAUAA